UGUUGUUAUACACUAAACACAAAAUGUUCAGCAAAAUCGUAGCUUUCAGCGCCCUCUUGGCCGCGGCCAACGCUGGUCUCUUCGGGCACGCCACCUCGCACCAGAGCAUCGUCCGCCACGACGAGCACCACGCGCCGGCCCACUACGCUGCCCCAGUAGUCCACGCUGCCCCAGUAGCUCACUACGCUGCCCCAGUAGUCCACGCCGCCCCAGUAGCUCACUACGCCCCGGUCGCUUACGCCGCCCCUGCUGCUCACUACGCGCAUGACGAAUACGCUCACCCUAAAUACGACUACGAAUACUCAGUGGCCGACCCCCACACCGGCGACCACAAGUCCCAGCACGAGUCCCGCGACGGCGACUCCGUCCAUGGCUACUACUCCCUGGUCCAGCCUGACGGCUCCGUCCGCAAGGUCGAGUACACCGCUGACGCACACAACGGUUUCAACGCCGUAGUCCACAACACCGCCCCCAUCGUCCACGCCGCCCCUGCGCACGACUACCACCAUUACUAAGCUAAAUAAUUACAUUUUGCCCUGAUUCAUGUGUGACUGAGCGAUCUAUUUAUACUUUUGUAUACUGUGUGCUAGGAAAAGCUGAUUGUUCUGUAAAUAAAGUAUGGUUGAGCUUUUUUCAUAAAA